AUGCAAGAGUCUUUAGAUCAGCGAAGGUCCGUAUCGGCAUACUUGAACUUUUUUGCUGAGGAGAUAGGCUUGAAGACAUUAGCGAAAUCUAAUAAGGAUGUGUUCAUUAUAAUUUUGUUAAGAAUGCUUCGAUUGACUGGAUUUGGUGCUACUUCUUUAAUAUUGGUACUUUAUUUGAAACAAAUUGGCUUUAAAGAACAGUUUAUUGGGAUGUUCAUGACCGUAACAUUCAUCGGGGAUUUAGUUACAAGUUUUCUUUUGGCGAUAGCUGCAGACAUCAUUGGAAGAAAGAAUGUCUUGAUAUUUAGUUCUAUCGCAAUGACCCUAACAGGAAUUUGCUUUGUUCUAUUUGAAAACCCAUUUCUUCUUACUGCCAUUGCUGCUCUAGGAAUUUUAACUCCUUACGGAGGAGAAGUUGGACCAUUCCGGUCAAUUGAACAAAGUUCAUUAGCGUCAUUAGCACCUCCUGAACAACGUUCUGAUAUAUAUGCCUGGUACACAUUCUUGGGUACAUUUUGUGCAGCAGUAGGGUCCAUUGUCUGUGGUACUUUAGUUGAUUACAUGAAUACGCAUUUAGAUUACUCGUUGGCCGCAAGUUAUAAGAUAGCCUUCCUUGGCUAUAGUGUUCUUUCGUUCCUAACUAUUAUUUUAUCAUAUUUCAUCUCCAUUCGUGUUGAAUGGACGUCAGACGAGCAGGCUAAGAAAGAUCAAAGUUCUAACCAAGCAGGUACUGGCCAGGAUGAAACAUCCCAGUUAUUAGGACCAGAGUCCUCGCCACAACCACAAGAUCAGCAGGGUGACCGCGAGCAAGAUCAAACAAAGCCUAAAGAAUCUACGUUCAAAUUCUUGCCUACAUUAAAUAAAUCGAUUUUAGUUAUAGUGAUAAAAUUAUCAUUAUUGUUUGCACUCGAUUCGUUUGCUUCGUCAUUAAUAUCAACGUCAUGGAUAUCAUACUAUAUAAAGGAAAAGUUUGAUGCAUCGGCAUCGUAUUUGGGUUCUGUCUUUUUUAUAACUGGUAUUAUUAGCAGCUUCACCUCACUAUUAAGUACUUCGUUAACUAAACGGUUAGGUCCAGUUGUAACUAUGGUUGUUACCCAUUUACCUUCAUCCAUUCUUUUAGCACUCGUACCGUUCCCGACAUCAUUGAAAUUUACAAUGGCAAUAUUGAUUUUAAGAGCUUCUACCCAAUCUAUGGAUGUAGCUCCUAAGCACGUCUUUUUGGCUACAUUGGUUCCAUCAAGUGAUAGAACAGCUGUAUUUGGUUGGGUUAAUGUUGUUAAAACUCUUGCCCAGGUGAUUGGACCAACGAUUACGGGCUUUUUCACUGUCUACAAUAUUCAAUGGAUAUGUUUCGUGAUUGCAGGAUCAUUGAAAGUUACCUAUGAUGUUGGUAUAUUAGCCACAUUUUUAUCGUACAAUCGUCACACUAACCAUUAG